AUGGCAGCUACAGAUUCUGAAAUGAUGUCACAAGGAGAUGUUAUUGUAAACGGAGGACAACAACAAGGGCAGCAAAUACAGCAAAAGAAUCAAAUACUCGAAACCCUAGGCCGACAAUCUUCGAUAUACUCGCUUACACUCGACGAGUUCCAAAACACACUCUGCGAGAGUGGCAAGAAUUUCGGAUCAAUGAAUAUGGAUGAAUUCCUCAACAGCAUUUGGACCGCCGAAGAAAAUCAAGCUCAGGGCCAAUCCCACCCCACAGCCGCCGGCGGUAGCGGCGGCACCACCAGCGUUAAUGCAACGCAGUUUCCUCAGAUUAACAAUACCUUAUCCAAACAGCCUAGCUUGCCUAGGCAAGGCUCUCUGACUAUACCCGAGCCUCUGUGUAGGAAAACCGUCGACGAAGUGUGGUCGGAAAUCCACAACGAUCAGCCGAAUAACAGCCGCGCUCGUAAUCCGAACACUACUGCUGCCGCCGCCACCGCCACCGCUUCUGCUCAGAAACAACACACGUUUGGUGAAAUGACGCUCGAAGAUUUCUUGGUCAAGGCCGGUGUUGUUAGGGAGCAGAACUUCGCCCCUGCGCCACCUCAGCAGCCGCAGUUCGGGAUGUAUCCUGUGGGACCCAAUUUCGCCGCCAGGCCGUUAGCCCCUAUAGGUAGUGGCGGUGGUGUUGGUGGUGGUGGUGGUGUGAACAAUAAUGUCGCCUCAAAUUAUCCGAUUCAGGGUGGUGUGGGUGAGCCACCUGGCGGCGGUUACCCUGGAGGAGGAGGAGGAGGAAUGAAGAGGGUGGGCGGCGGUUACUCGCAGCAGCCGCCGCCACCACCUCUGGCGGUGAACUACGGGGGUAGAUUGGGGAAUGGAAAUGGAGGAGGAUUCGGGGGCAUGGGCUCACCGGUGAGCCCGGCUUCAUCGGAUGGGUUUGGGGCGAAUCAAAUGGAUAGCGGUUAUGGUUUGGAAAUGGGCGGGGCGAGAAGCGGAAGAAAACGGAUUAUAGAUGGUCCGGUGGAGAAGGUGGUGGAGAGGCGGCAAAGAAGAAUGAUCAAGAAUCGAGAGUCCGCUGCCCGAUCUAGAGCCAGGAAGCAGGCGUACACAGUUGAACUAGAAGCAGAAUUGAACCAACUAAAAGAAGAGAAUGAACACCUACAACAAUCUCUGGCUGAGCUAGAGAGGAAAAGGAAACAGCAGUACUACGAGGAAGAGGAAGCAAGAAAGAAGGCACGAGGGCAAUCGAAGUCGUCGAGAGCAAACGAGGCAUUGCAGGCAAUGAGGAGGAGUUUGAGUUGUCCUUACUAA